GAGUUUCCUUCAGUUUUGCAAUUCCAUUCUAUUUCGUUUUGUUUCUGCUCGUUUGUGUGUAAUUGGAGAAAAAGAAUCAACAAUGGAUUCGUUCACUUCGUUCUUCGAUUCAAGAAGCCGCCGAUGGAACUACGACACUCUCAAGAACUUCCGCCAAAUCUCUCCCGUCGUUCAGAAUCACCUCAAGCUGGUUUAUAUCACACUCUGUUGUGCCGUGGUUGCUGCGGCCGUUGGGGCUUACCUGCAUGUUCUUUGGAACAUUGGCGGUUUUCUUACGUCAGCUGGAUGCAUGGGAACCAUGAUCUGGUUGCUCUCAACUCCUCCAUCUGAAGAGCAAAAGAGGGUCUCUUUGUUGUUGGCAUCAGCCCUGUUUCAGGGAGCCUCCAUUGGCCCGUUGAUUGAUUUGGCCAUUGAAGUUGAUCCAAGCAUCAUCUUUACUGCAUUUGUGGCAACUUCCUUGGCCUUUGCAUGUUUCUCGGGAGCAGCUUUGGUUGCAAGGCGCAGGGAGUAUUUGUACCUUGGUGGCCUGGCUUCUUCUGGUUUGUCCAUUCUUCUCUGGUUGCACUUUGCGUCUUCUAUCUUUGGAGGUUCAUUGGCUCUCUUUAAGUUUGAGUUGUAUUUCGGGCUUUUGGUGUUUGUCGGCUACAUUGUGGUAGACACUCAAGAAAUAGUUGAGAGAGCACACUCUGGCGAUCUCGAUUAUGUGAAGCAUGCUUUGACCUUGUUCACUGACUUAGCUGCCAUCUUUGUCCGAAUUCUCAUUAUCUUGGUGAAGAAUUCAGCCGAGAGAAAUGAGAAGAAGAAGAAGAGAAAAAACUAAAUCAACCAGGAGCGUAUAUGUGGAGAUGUCCAUAAAAGUUGUCUAAACGGCUACCCAGUUAGAACUUGUUACAGAUGUGAAGUUAAUUUGUCGUGUUUAUCUGACUUAACCAUUAGCACUGCAUGUUAUGUUUUUUUUUUAAUGGUUUUUAAUAAUGGAUAACCAGAUGUAGUAGAACCUUAGUGCUAUGUUUUUAUCGUGGAACAUGAUGUAGAGAUAUUUGUGUACAUGUACACACUAAUGUUACACAUAUGGAUUAAAAACUCCUAUACAAAGAAAUUGCUGCUUAUUUGUGAA